ACAUGAUAUUGGAGAUGGGACAACCUUUUUGACCAAUGUUGUAUGCCUAUUCAUAUUUCCCUCCGUGGCAUACAUUCAAGAAUUUAUGCUUUGAAAAAAGUGUACAUCCAUGUGAUGUAAAAUUAUGCAUGGACUUUUGUGUCUGGCCCAUUGUAUGUCUCCAUAUCUAACAGCACUUGACUCGCAGAUGAUACGGUAGGAACAAAAAUAAGGGGUGGAUGCUGAUAAAAUUGAUGAUAUCGAUCAUAGAGCAAGGUCUAAUUGAUUACGCAGAAAGAGAACAGUCAAUAGUUGUUUAAUGGGUGCAUUUGCAGGACUAUACAAAGGGCGUAUUUAUCAUUCUGUGAAGAUAUGUAUUUAAAACAAAACAGACAUAUAUAGAAUUCAUGAGACAGAUAUAUAUAAUUUAGAGACAGCAGAAACCAUCUGUUAGAUGAUAUUAAAAAUGCAUAGGCACUUCUUGAAUGUAUACCACGAAGGGAAAUAUGAAUAGGCAUUUAGCCUUUUCCACUGCAAUGAAUGGAGACGGCUUUGGCCGUCCUGCUUCUCCUAAGAAAGAACUUUGAAAAACUAAUAUAAACAAAUCAUUUUGCCACUCUCUCGCGACAUAUAACUUAAUUGAAAUUUCUCCUUAUAUUGUAACUGGCUUCAUUAUGAUUACUCCAAACGUAAUAAUCAAAGAUAAAACAGAUCCGCCUCAUUUAUACAUAAACAGAUAUGGAGGCGAUCGUGAUCCUUAGCAUGUGCCCUAAUCAUAUCUUCACGUCAGAUAAAUUUAUCACACCAGUGCCUGUAUGUACAACAGUGUUAAGAGAAAAACGUAUACAUACGUACAAAAAAAAAAUGGAUUUAAAGUUCACGGCGUUCAAUGAUCGUGUCACAUGCUGCAAGUGCAGUAAAUACUUCAAAUGCCCACGUCGCCUGACCUGCAGCUGUGCACUCUGCAACAACUGCGUUCCUCGGGAUCCUGCGAAUAACCGCUUUUCGUGUCCUUCGUGUUUAUCUGAGAGUAGAAAGCUGCAAUUUGGAAACUUUUUCCUAGCUCGUCCGGAGCAUGCAUUAGCCACCAUUCAGCAAUAUAUUUGUCAUUCAGAAGUUUUGAAUUGUGAAUGUUGCAUAAGCCAAACUUUGUGCAAAGUGAGCGUGGUUGCAUGGUGCAGCUCUCCAGAAUGCGGGUUCAUGUGUGACCACGGGCUGCAUGCACACAUGAAUAUGAAACCAUUACGGCGCCAUACUUUUUACAGUGAGUUGCAACUGCGCUUUUUGUUUCACAAUCUUAACCGGUCGCAGGUUACCUUGAGUACCCCACCGAUCCAAGUUUCGCGCGAAACUCAUUGUUGUUCGCACAGCAAAGAGGUGUUGAACUUUUACUGCAUGAGCUGCUCCGAGAUAUUAUGUGCCGAGGGGGCAGAAAAUCAUCCAGAUGGGCACGACAUAAAUGAACAUUUAAAUGUUGUUUUUUCUCGUUUAAAAUGUGACGAAAACAUUGGAAGACUAGUAGAUCGGGCAAUGGGAAAAGUUCGCGAAUCACGGGAACGCCAACAAAUUCUCAUGUCACAAGGAUCUCAGUGCAACGACAACCUAGGUCUCAAAACUAAACUUCAGUCGUGGACUGUGGAACUGGACAAAUCAUGCCAUAAAUUAGAGGCUGUGAUCAAAUCAGCUCUAAAUAUUUUGGACUGGAUCAAGGUGGAAAGUCCUUAUUUAGUUCUAAUAGAAUAUAAGCGAAUCAAUGCCAAUUUAGAGGAAUGUAUUCAGGAUGCAGAUGAAGUUCUCAAUAAUUCAGUUGUAAAGUAAACUCAUCGACUAAACAAUAUGUGACCUCUUGAAAAAAGCUAACAUUACAAAAAGAUAUUUCGAUUAUAUAUGAAUUAUUUCAUACAAGUCGGCAACUAUUGAAGUAUAUCUCUACAAAAACUAUUUUCGUCAAUGAAACUGAUGCUAGCAGUUAUACAUAUUAUAUUAAUUAUUAUAUUAUAAACCUAAAUAACGUUACAAUGAUUCAUUAAUUUGGUUAAUUACGAUUUUUAAAAUAUAAGUGCAAGUAUAAUUGAUUCGUGUCAUGCAAUAUAUACCGUUUAUUGUUUUUAAUGUUGAGAAAAAAGUGUAUGCUAUUUUAAAUAUUAUCAUUUCGCAUAUUAAUUGUUUGGAGCAUUUUUCCAAACCAGACCAUUUCAUAGUAGGGCAUUUUUACUGUUUUUUUUUUUAAUUUUGCAUGCACAGUGAAUUAAUCAUCAUUUGCUUAAGAUAUACGUAUUUCCUUAUAAUUUUCUCACUAAAAAUUAUGGUAUCAAUAAACUGACAGAAUACUA